AUGGAUACUCUCCAAGGCUUCGGCAAGUCCGUCAGCAACACUUUCAGUACCAACUUCACCCCUUUCGCGGCCCGAACUUCGCAGUUCGUAAAGGAGCAGCUCGGCCAAGCAGAUGAUAAGGUCAGUCAAGCUUCCGUCGUCGUUUCCGGUCAGAUACAGCGCUUCUCCCACCUCUACGCCCCCAAGUUUCUACUUGCAGAGGUUCUUCUUGAGGAGAAUGAAUUGAAUGUUGAAAGUGAUUUGCCCGGGUGUGGGCGUGGUGCCGUGAUUCUCAAGAUUCGACUGGCCGAAGCUGACAUCUUCCUCAAAUGGAACGGGGAUUCGGUCGAAAAGACCCAGCUUCCGGCAGACUAUCGCGAAUUGGAGGCCCGUGUCGAUGCGCUUCAUAAAGUGCACCAGAGGAUGCUAAGUGUGACAACCCAGUUUGGAAACGAGCCAUAUGAUUAUCCACCGAAUCUGCGCGAAUCCAUUACCGACCUCUCUCGUAACGUUACUGGCAGGAUCCAGGCCCUUUCUAACGCUGCUACGCCAGCCGAAGCCCAGCAGGCUCUCGUAUCCCCGACACAGGCUCCCACUGAACCGAAGACAUUCGCCCAUGCGAUUUCUCGUGCUGCCAGCGCAUCAUCUCAACUCCUCCCGGCUUCGGAUCCACUUGCUUCUGGACUUGAGAAGCUCUCAACGGCAUCCCGUCAGAUCGGCCAAGCACGUUUAGCUCAGGACCAGGUUAUUGUGGGUCAGCUCGUCAAGCCAUGGACAACCAAUCUCAAUAUCCCCUUCAAAAAUGUUGCCAAACUGCGCCAAGAUGUUGAAAAUUCAAGACUACUCCUUGAUGCUGCUAAAACUAAGCAGAGGCAGCGAGAGCAAGGUGGCGGCGGCGGACCCGGAAUUGGCAGCCUUUUUAAGAAGAACCCUGCCGACGAAGCUGCUGCUGAUGAACAAUUGAGGCAUGAAAUCGAGACUUUGGAGGAUAAGUUUAUUAUUGCGAUGGAGGAAGCUGUGAACGCCAUGAACGAUCUAUUGAACACACCAGAGCCUUUGAGAGGCUUAUCGGCUAUGGUCCAUGCACAACUUGAGUAUCACCAAGCUGCUGUGGAUGCCCUUCAGGAUGUUACUGAAUCCAUCAACGGUCUUCAAAGAGAACAGGAGGCAAGCUACCGUCAGAGUAGAGAACACUCAUCGUAA